GGUUCGGCGGAAGCGCCUUUCUGGCCCGCGCUUUAUAGGUCUCGCUUGUGCUUCCUGUUUCCUCUUUUACUAUACCCGCCAACAUGGGCCGCGUGCGCACCAAAACCGUGAAGAAGGCGGCCCGAGUCAUCAUCGAGAAGUACUACACGCGCCUGGGGAACGACUUCCACACCAAUAAGCGAGUGUGCGAGGAAAUUGCCAUCAUCCCCAGCAAGAAGCUCCGCAACAAGAUCGCAGGCUAUGUCACACAUCUGAUGAAGCGGAUUCAGCGGGGCCCGGUGAGAGGCAUCUCCAUCAAGUUGCAAGAGGAGGAGAGAGAAAGAAGGGAUAAUUACGUGCCCGAGGUUUCAGCCCUGGAUCAGGAGAUCAUCGAGGUAGAUCCUGACACUAAGGAGAUGUUGAAACUCUUGGACUUUGGAAGCCUAUCCAACCUGCAGGUCACUCAGCCUACAGUUGGGAUGAAUUUUAAAACACCACGGGGAGCUGUUUGAAUCUUUCUGCUGUGCUGUAAUAUCUUCAAUAAACCUUGGACAACAA